AUGGCUGCUAUAUUUAGUAAGGGUAAGGGUAAGAAGAAGGAUGCAACCUCAUCAAGUUCUAAAAGUGAUAGUGAUGAUGAUAGUGAGACAGAAACAUCAAGUAGUUCUAGUAGUUCUAGUAGUUCUAGUAAAUUACGCAGUUCAAAAGAUAAGAGGCAAAUGCUAAAA